AUGGAGUUGUGGUGUGAGACAUCCUCGGCAGAGCAGGUUAACGUUUUCCCCGAGGUGGCGUAUGUGCUGGAUGUGGUGGACAAUCUCUUCUUGGUGAAGAAAGCGACCGCGGUUGGGGCCGAGGUUGUGUGCGAUGUGGAGAUAUGCGCAGUGUCCAUAGACGGAGAGGAGUUUGGGCAUGCCGUCUAUGCGAGUUUGACCAGUAAGGUCGAAGGCUCGCAAUUGACCCGGGGUGUGGUGGUCAAAGCCGAGGCGCUUCGAGCGGAGAAGACCUCGGUAUGCGAGUCUUGCAUCAUGGCGAAGCAAACCCCGGAGCGGUUUUUAAAGGAGUCGGACUCCAGAAAGAGUACGGAGCCCUUCGGGCUUGUGCAUAUGGACGUUUGCGAGCCCUCCCGGUGA